GCUCCUUCUGGCCUGUGUCCGCAAGUGAGGGCAUUCAGGAGGAGCCUCGCGGGGCGGCUAUCGACUAGUCAGGCCUCAGAAAGAUGGCGUCCUCGGAGCAGGCAGAGCCGACGAGCCAGCCUGGCUCUACCCCAGAAAAUGAAAAUGUGGUGCCUCGGGAACCUCUUAUUGCCACUGCAGUCAAGUUUCUACAGAAUUCCCGGGUCCGCCAAAGCCCACUUGCAACCAGAAGGGCAUUUCUUAAGAAAAAAGGACUGACAGAUGAAGAGAUUGACUUGGCUUUCCAGCAGUCGGGCACUGCUGCCGAUGAGUCUCAGUCCUUGGGCCCUUCCACCCAGAUGGUGCCCCUCCAGCCCCCUCACCUCAUGCCUCAGCCAUACAACUCUACAGGUUCUAGAUGGCGAGAUUAUGGGGCUCUGACUAUCAUUAUGGCAGGGAUCGCCUUUGGCUUCCACCAACUCUACAAGAAGUACCUGCUCCCUCUUCUCAUGGGAGGCAAGGAGGACAGGAAACAACUUCAGAGAAUUGAGGCGAAUAUCUCGGAGAUGAGCGGCAGCAUGACGCAGACAGUGACUCAGUUACAGACGACAUUAGCUUCGGUCCAAGAAAUACUGAUCCAGCAGCAGCAGAAAAUCCAGGAUCUUACCCAGGAACUGGCUGCCUCCAAGGCCACCACUUCGACCAACUGGAUCCUGGAGUCACAGAAUAUAAACGAACUCAAGUCUGAGAUUAAUUCCUUAAAAGGCCUCCUCCUGAACCGGAGGCAGUUCCCGCCGUCCCCGUCCGCCCCCAAGAUCCCCUCCUGGCAGAUCUCGGUGAAGUCGUCGUCUCCCUCCAACCCCACCGUGGCCAACCACAACAGCAGCAGUGACAUCUCGCCCGUCAGCAACGAGUCGGCCUCGUCGUCGCCCGUGAAGGAGAACCACAGCCCGGAGGGGGCCAAAGGCAGCUACCACCUGCUGGGCCCCGAGGAGGAGGCCGAGGCGGUCAUCGACGUCAAGGGCCAGGUGCGCAUGGAGGUGCAGGGCGAGGAGGAGAAGCGGGAGGACAAGGACGACGACGAGGACGACGACGACGACGAGGAGGACGACGGCAGCCGCGUGGACGAGGACUGUCUGGCCGUCCAGACCGAGGACCGGAGAGGGGGCGACGGGCAGAUCAACGAGCAGGUGGAGAAGCUGCGGAGACCCGAGGGGGCCAGCAACGAGAACGAGAUCGACUAGGCCGUCCCGGGGCCCUCGCCAGCCCGGGCCUCCUGCCCUGGCAGCCCCGCUCCACCUCAUUCUUCCGCCUGCCCGGCCUUGGAGCUGGGCUGGGCACGGCCCCGGGACGUCGGGCCUUUAACACUGCGCACGCGACGCCUCCUCAGCCCUGCCCCGGGGAGACGGAGCUGCUGCUGGAGCGGCCCCCCCCAGCCCCCACGUCCUCGUGACCUCCGGGGAGGCCCCCUCCGCCCCUCGGGCUGUCCUCCCGGCCUCUCCCCGCGCUCGGGGCGGCCCCAUCAUGUUCUGAGCCGGCCCGAAGGGGACGCAGGCGCCGCGGCCGAGCCCUUUCCGCCAUCGGAGUCUCUGCCCUCCCCGAGAAAGCGAGCCUGCCGUGUGAUCAUGUAUAGAUUCAGACUAUAAGAGACGACUGUACAUAAUUGUAAUAAAUAGGAGUUACCACUAUUUAA